AUGGUUCUUCAGCGACAGAGUGUUUCCCUUGUUGCAGCAAUCUUCUAUGCCAUGAAUGUAAUUAGGAGCUUUGUAAACGCCCAGAUUAAUAUGACCGACCUGAUGAAUAACUACAUCAAUGUCUGUGGUCCUGGAUACACAUGUUAUGAUUGGCACAGCACUUAUCGCCUGAGAGGUGACCACAAAAAAUCAAAUCUAUGUCCAAGGUGUUCCUGCAUGGACAGCUGUUUUCAAGAACGAACCUGUUGUCCUGAUAAGUAUUUUAACAAACCUUAUUCUGUCUACAAAUCAAUGACUAUCAAUUAUCCAGCAUCCUUAACAGAACAGAAUGUAAUACCUUCGUCAUAUGCUGUGGUUAAUUCCUGUCCCCAAAACAGCAAUUUAGUAGAGAGGUAUGAAUGUGAAAAGGAGGCUUCACCCAGAGAAAUCUUAACUAGACCACCCGUUACCUCUACCAAGAGUAAUGUAUCGUACGUAAAUCGCCCAUGUGCCUACUGCCAUUUCGAAAAAAACGAAGACUUGCAUGAAUGGAGUUUAACUACUGACAAUAAAUGCGCCGACAAAGGGAGGAUUUUUUAUCUGUCUUCAUAUGAAGAAAUCUUUGCUUAUGCAAAGAAUGCAUCUUGUGUGUUAUUGUAUGUACCUGAUUUCACACUAUCGAUUCAAGAGGAGGUACUUUCUUCCAAAGAUUAUAGGAGUCGAUGUAACGUCUCUAAAACUUGGAGGAAUAGAAACCACAACAUUCAGAAGGCUUGUGAAUCUACAGAAAAUCCUGUGAUUGAAAUGACCCAUCCUUACCGAAAUGUUUUCUGUCUCUUCUGCAACAAAAGAAACCUUAACAGCACUGAAGGUGAUAAAUGCUACAUCUUCAAUGAUAUUAAAGUACAAGCUUUUGAAUUCGUCUCCAAAACGUUCGAGUACAAGUUCGAGAAGAUAGUUUUACGGGAAGACUCCAUACAUGAAGAUAUAUUAAAACACACAGAAACAAAUUAUACUACCGAAUCGUAUAUUCCAGGAAUAAUGACGAUCCUCGAUAAACAUAUUAACAUCUCAAAUUUACUGAUGAAACGGUUGUCUCUCUUUCCCGAGGCCAUAUGUGACAAAAGACGUUUACCACUUCUUGCAAGAAAUCAAACUAAGGAUGACUGUCAGUGUCAUCCUUCGUGUAUGCUGGAAGAGCCUUGUAAAUGCUGUUUGGAUACUGCGCUGAUGUGGCCCAUCAAAUGUAUCCCUGACAGCAUCAACACAAAAAGAAAUCCUAAAAAGAUCACAGUUAUCAGUGGUUGUCACAGGAACGACAACAUGUUUGAUGGUUCGGAGUAUUAUGCAGCCAUACGACGCCUCUGUGAAAAUAGUGUUGGUCGAUUUGAUAUGUUUCCAGUUUCUUCUGGAAAAUUAUCAUAUAGAAAUAUUUACUGUUACCUCUGCAACAACAAAUUUGAAGUCACAGAGAAAAGUCUGAACUUUUCAUCUCAGUACAAAGCUUGGGAGGUUAACAUCCUGUGUCAGAGAGAGCUGAACAUUUAUUAUGCUGCAAAGGUUGGGGAGAUAGGAAACAAUUUGACAUCUUUUUCAAACCUUUCAGUAAAGGUAGAGGGCUUACAACACGCACCACCAUACAUAGUAGACAAAUGGCGUUAUCCUUUUCCUUCCGCCUACUCUGGUUACCUGGACUCUCUAAACAGGUCCAUACUCCAGUCACCGGUAGAAAACAACCACGUGAGCUCUUUACUUUUUUGUAAACAAAACAUUUAUGAUAAGGAUGAGUUUACAAUUGAUUAUAAAACUCUUGAAAUUAUCUUAAAGAAGACUCAACAGCGUUUCCAGAUAGGACAAUUUGUUUUUUCUUUGAAAGGAAAAAUUCAUAUUUGCCAGGAAGAUAUUCAAAAGGAAACAUUGUCUUCACCAGAAUCGGAUUUACCUCUUCAGAUAUUUACUUUAACGUGCACAGGCAUAAGUUUAGUAUGUUUACUGAUUACAUUUAUAACGUACUGUUUAUUCAAAACAUUACUGACGAUACCUGGAUUAAAUCUAAUGAGUCUUGUACUCUCCUUGUUUUGUGCUCAACUCCUGUUUCUCUUUUCUAAUAAUCAAGACGACCGUAUUGCAUGUGAAAUUGUUGGAGUUCUCCUCCAUUACUUCUGGUUGUGCACUUGCUCCUGUCUGUUUAUCUGUUGUUUCCACAUGUACAGAGUGUUCAGUAGUCAGAAUCUGGUGCGAUCAGGGGUUAGCUUCACCAUCAGCACUUUUUAUCGCUAUAUCGCAUUUUCUUACUUAUCACCUUUAGUCGUCGUUUGUACAAACGUUGUAGUGAUGUUUGCAGUAAACGGGACGCUUGGGUAUGGAGUAGAAAUAUGUUUUGUAGAGAAUGUUAUAUCAAAUAUGGUAUCAUUUGUUGCACCCCUUGCUCUCACUUGCUUUAUCAAUUGUUUCUUUUUCUUUAAUACCGUUCGAGGAAUUUCUUCAUCAAGUAAAAUGAGAAAAGAUAAAAUUUCAGAGGUGAAAACAUUCGCAAAGCUGUUUUCCAUCACAGGUCUGGUUUGGUUAGUGCAGAUUCUCGACGCCUUUGUCACAUGGUUUGUUCUUUCUUAUAUGGCGACUGCUUUAAUUUGUCUUCAAGGUUGUUUUAUUUUUCUUAGCUUUUGUUGCUCAAAAGCAACAAAACGUUUGUGGAAAGAGAGCAGUUUUUCAAGAUUAUCGAAAACAGAUUCCACAACACUUACAACUGUAGAGAAAAAAACAAUACCGCGCGAAAAGGACACAAGAAAUGUGAGACAUGCAAUGGACUAUCCGAUCGUUGUAAAUGCUAAAAAAUAUAUACACACAGAUGCAGAUUCGCAUAUGAACUAAAUAUUUCCUUCAAAAUUAAAUGUUCAGACCACAGAAGGCAAUAUUUAUUUUUGACGUUAUUCUGAAACAUACCUGUGUUUGAAAGAAACGCUUAAGAUCGGAAAAAUGUAAACU